CAAAAUCAAAUAAUUUGGUGAGCAAAAAAUAUAUUGUAAAGUUAUUAUGGCUUUGAAUUCACAACGUACAUUUAGAGCCCAAUCUUUACGGUAUCCACUUUCAAAUCGUCGAGUAUAUGAAACUGUUGAGCCAAGUUCAGAAAUUAAAGAAACUGCUGAAGCUUACUUUCUUCAUGUUAAACUUCCGGGUUAUACAAUAAUUCGACCAAAGAUUGCAUUGGAGGACGCGUCAAAGAAGUUGAGGAUUACAGGUGAACGACCAAUUGCAGAUGACAAAUGGGAAAAAUUUGACCAAACAUAUCCUGUUCCAGAAAACAGUGAUGCAGAGAAGCUUGAAGCCAAGUUUGAGCAAGAAAUUCUCAUUCUUAAAAUGCAAAAGAAACCCAUUUCACCAUCACAAGUUGUUGCUCCUAAAAAUCAACCAGAUCCUUUGAGUAAUGAAGAUUUAGAUGAAACCAAGGUUGAGAAAGUCCAAGAGACCAUGAAAACUGAUUCACCUCAAACUCAAAGCAUAGAGAAAAAUACACAAGAGGCUACUCAUGAUGACACAUUGUCUCAAAUUGCUAAAGAAGCAAUUAGCAAUAAUGAGCCUCAAAGGGGUCUACAAGAGUUAGAGCAAAAACCAACUUUCAUUGAGAGAACCAAAACACAAAUAGAUGAAAAGGGUCAAGAAGCAUUUGAGAAAAAACCAACAUUAUUACAGAGAAUCAUAACACAAAUAUAUGAAAAGGCUCAAAAGAGUCGAGAAGAAUUAGAGGAGAAAGCAACAUCCAUUGAGAGAACCACAACACAAUUAGAUGUAAAGGCUCAAAAAGGUCAAGAAGAAUUCAUUGAGAGAACCACAACACAAUUAGAUGUAAAGGCUCAAAAAGGUCAAGAAGAAUUCAUUGAGAGAACCAAAACACAAAUAGAUGAAAAAGAUCACAAGGGUCAAGCGGAAUUUGAGACAAAACCAACAGUCACUGAGAGAACCAAAACACAAAUAGAUGAAAAGGUUAAAAAGGGCCAAGAGGAAUCCAUAGAGAAAUCCCAAACAGAAACAAAUGAAAAGCCUCAAAAGGUUCAAGAGGAAUUUGAGCCAAAACCAAUAGAAAAAUUAGAGGAAAAGAUAAUAAGAAAUAGUGUUAAGAAGGAAAGAAUGUUAGAGAAGGAAGAAAGUGAAGACAAAAAGGAAAAGCCUUAUUAUGAAUCAAUAAAAGCUAUGAUAGAUGUGAAGAAUCAAAACUUAAAAGAAAAUGAGAUUGAAAAAGAAAAACUUCCUGCUCCAAAAGUUACAGAAAAUGAAAAUGAAUCUUGCAGCAUAAUUACUCCCAAACAAGAAGAGAAGAAUGGAGUCGAAAAAUUAGCUAUUACUUCCUCUCAGUUAGUAACAAGAAUGGCAGACGGAAAAUGGAGAAGUAAUGAGAGAAAUUUAGUUAAAAAUGUAGGGGUUGCAGUUCUAGUGAUUGCUGCAUUUGGAGCCUAUAUAUCAUAUAGAUUUUCCUCUUGAGGGAGAAUAAUUACUAACUAUAAUUCUACUUCUACAUGGAGAAAUUAAUGCUUGAUGCUUGAAUAAAUUCUCCUCUCAACUAAUGUACAAAUCUACACUUUCAUUUCUUCAAAAAUAAAUAUGUAUCGCAUUUUAUUCCA